AUGGGAGGCGACGCCACGAGGGACGAUGACGCGUGCGACAGGGCCGCCGCGGCAGAGGAGGACAGCAGCAAUAGUAACAGCAACAGCGGGUGUGGUGACGGCGAGGGUGAGGGCGACGGCGACAGCGGUGCGCCGGGCGAUAACGAGCUGAAGAAGGGGCUAUGGACAGCCGAGGAGGAUGCGGUGCUGAUGGAGUGCGUGCAGCGGUUCCGCGAGGGCAACUGGACCACCAUCGCGCAGCGCUCGGGGCUGGCGCGGUCGGGCAAGAGCUGCCGGCUGCGGUGGGUGAAGCACCUGAGCCCCGCCAUCCGCCCCGGCCCGCUGAGCGAGGCGGAGCAGCGGCAGGUGAUCGAGCUGCAGCGGCGGUACGGCAACAAGUGGGCGCUCAUGGCGCAGCACAUGCCGGGGCGGUCGGACAACGCGAUCAAGAACUUCUGGAACUCGUACCGCAAGCGCAUGCAGCGCCGCGUCAAGGCCGCUGCUGCCGCUGCACGGGAUGGGGGGAGUGGAGGGGGAGGAGUGAGUGGGGGUGGCGCGGGUGAGGCGGAUGGCGAGGCGGGGGAGGGGGAGGGGGAGGGGGAGGGAAGGGGGGAAGGGGAAACAGGGCAGGCAGCGCAGCAGGGUGAGAAGGAAGAGCAGGGGCUGUUGCGUGCUGGUCAAUCCAUGACCACACCCGCAGCAGUAGCAGUGGCAGCGGCGUCGGCGUCAGGAUCAGCAGCAGCAGCAUCAGCAUCGCCUGUGUUCCUCGCCCGGUCGUCCACGCUGCCAGCGGCAGCAGCAGCAGCAGCAGCAGCGGAGGCGAGUGUGGGCGCGCGGGUGUUCCCCAGAGCCGUCUCCCAUGGGGCUGCGUAUGCCACGAGCGGCAGCAGCAGUAUCAACACCAUGCACACAUCGCCGCUGCACCCCUCGCCCCUCCAGCCCUCCCCGCCGCUGUUCCACUCACCCUCGCUGCCUGCUCUUGCCCUCACAGCUCCCACGCCCCUCGCCUCCUUCCCCCACCUCAGAGCAUCCGCCUCCUCCUCCUCGCUGCUCACCGUGCCUCGCUCGCUCGCCCCCACACCUCCUGGACUUACCCGCGCACACCCUGCUGCUGCUGUUGCCGCACCCCUUGUGGCGGCCGUACCGCCCAUGCCUCGCCUCACACCUGUCCCUGCAGCAGUGCGGGGCCCGCACCAGUCCUCAGACUACCACGUGGCAGGCGUGGCGGGGUCGCCGCUGCUGGACCAGCUCAGCGCGCUCAGGUGCAUGGAGGAGGAGGAGCAGGGGGGGGGCGGGGGACCUGGCAGACCCGGGGCGGGCUCAACUGGGGCAGAGGUGAGGGGAGCUGAGGGAGAAGCAUGCAGGCCGGCCUCUGCAGGCGGUGUGGUUCCUGGUGCUGCUGCUGGCGGGUUGCCUGACCACAUCAACGGAGUGAAUGGGUUUGCACGAGACAGCUCACAGCAGGUGCUGGGUGCUUCCCCCAUGCGCCUGCCCCUUCCGCGCCUGCCGCCAUACCCAGCCAUGACAACACCCGCGUGCACACAGCACCCCAUGGGAGGGGCGACCAUGCACAGAGCACUCUCCUUCUCCCCCGCCACUCCCCUCACCGUCCUGCCCGCCACCACCCCUCCGCGCUUCCCCACUAUGCCUGCGCACACCGCCCUCACCACCGCUGCUCCCGUGAGCACGCUAACACCAUCUGCUGUGUCGCUACCAGCAACCCUCAUGCCCCGCCCCAUGCCUCUACCUGUUCCUCUGCCCGGGGCCGCACCUGGGAGUGCCACUCCUUGGAGCAACGCAGUGGGAAGCAGCAUGGGCCGGGGGCUGUGUGCGGGCAACCCACCGGUACCUGCCGCACAGGCAGGCGGCAGUGCGGGGCACGGGACGGUCAGGCCUGGGGGACCCACCCGCCCGCUCCUCAUGCUGCCUGACGGCCACACACACGCUGCGCUGCUGCACACGCCCUCCCAUGCGCUCGCCUGCUCUCAGGCGCCUGGCGGUGUGGCGGGGUGCGCUGAGGCUAAAGCCCUGUUGGGCCCUGCCGUGCUGCCACAAGGGGUUGCGCCGCCCUUGCUGCUGCCGCCACUGCAUGAACCCCUGCAGCCGCAACCACAGCAGCUGCAACAGCAGCAACAGCAGCAGCAGCAGCAGCAGCAGCAGCAGCAGCAGCAGCAGCAACAGCAGCAGCAGCAGCAGCAGCAGCAGCAGCAGCAGCAGCAGCAGCAGCAGCAGCAGCAGCAGCAGCAGCAGCAGCAGCAGCAGCAGCAGCAGCAGCAGCAGCAGCAGCAGCAGCAGCAGCAGCAGCAGCAGCAGCAGCAGCAGCAGCAGCAGCAGCAGCAGCAGCAGCAGCAGCAGCAGCAGCAGCAGCAGCAGCAGCAGCAGCAGCAGCAGCAGCAGCAGCAGCAGCAGCAGCAGCAGCAGCAGCAGCAGCAGCAGCAGCAGCAGCAGCAGCAACAGCAACAGCAGCAGCAGCAGCAGCAACAGCAGCGGUGCGUUGCUGUGUCUCCCCUGUGUGGCAGCAGUGCACAUGGUGUGCGGGACGUGGCUCUCCGGAAGGGUAGCAACCUGGCUUAUAACGCGGAUGGAACCCAGCCUUGCCCUUGUGACGCUUGGGAGUGUAACGAGGGAGAUAACGUUGUGCAAUCGGCUCAAGACCGCGGCACUGACUGCUGUGAGUACGGUGCACGCACGCUGCUGCUGCACGGGGGCACGGGGGAGGGGCGGAGCAGAGGGGGCGGCAUGGAGUGGGAGGGAGCUGGAGGGGUGGAGGUGGAAGAAGGGAGAGUUGAGGAGAAGGGGGAGGAAGGGGAGUGGGAAGAGGGGAUGGAGGGAGAGGAGGCGAGGGAGGUGGGGGCGAGGGAGGGUGGUGAGCUUCAACGCUUGUGGCUUCCACCGUAUCUGGACACGCCGCAGAGCUCCUCCCCGUGCGGUUCAGUGAAUCUGGACGCGGUGGGAGCGGGCUUUGAUGCGGAGAUACUCGUGGCGUUGGCUGAUGAAGGCACGGGCGCACAGAGCGCAGGUGCACUGCCCGCUGCCACUGCUCCUCAUGCCUCGUCUGUGGGGGCGGCUGCUAGUGCGGGUACCGCUGGUGGUGCCGCUGCUGCGGCGGCAUCUGCCUGUGAGGAGAGGGGGCAGCAGCAGCCGCGCCGUGGGCAGGAGCAGGAGUUGGGCACACAGCAGCACGGGCAGCAGCAGCAUGGGGGCGAGGUGGAUGGGGAGGAGAGCCUGUCAGGCGCGCUGUGCUCGCCCUCCACUGCUGCCUCGCCCGCUGCUGCGCCCUGCAUGGGCGACCACACGCCCAUCUCCAAGCGCUCCUCCCUCGCCUCGCACACACCCCUGCGCAAGAGCACGCCUGUGUCUGCCCGGCGCCCGCUCUUCUGUGCGAGCAUAGAGGAGGAGGAGGAGGGCGAGCAGGUGAAGGAGAAGCAGGAGAAUGAGGAGCGGGGGCGUGAGUGGGAGUGUGUGGCAGCAGAUGAUGGUGAUGCAGGUGGUGAGAAAGAGCGUGGAGGAGAGGAGAGCGGGCAGCAGGGCGGGCAGCAGGCAGCGCAAGGGUUGGCAGGGGAGUGCUUGGCGGCGGGUGUGUGGGCGUGCAGAGGGGACAGGGAGCGCGACACUGUGUCUCCCCUGCACCGCCACCUGCCAGUGGCCGUGGCUGUGGGUGACGCAGGUAGGGUGGGAGGGGGCAUGGGGACUCAGGUAAAGGAUGAGGUUGGCACGGAGAUGGAUGGGGAUGGCAAGGCCAAGGCCGUGAGUGGCCAAGGACUUGCGGAUAUGGGAGGAGGGGGGCAGGGGAGGGGUGCGACUUGUGAGAGGGAGUUGGAGAAGGGGUUGCAGGACGGAGUGGUGGAGGGGUCUCUGUCUGGGGGGUCUCUGUCUGGGGGGUCUCUGUCUGGGGGGUCUCUGUUUGGGGGGCUGUGCUCGCCCGUGCCACUGCUGCCACACACUGCAGCAGCAGCAACGGCGGCGGUGGAGGAGGCUGCAGCGGAGGCUGCAGAAGAGAAAGGGGAAGCAGCAAGAGUGGAGGCAGCGGGGCUAAUGCAUCCUGUGAUUGCUGCUGCUGGAGGCGCAACCACAUCAUUCGCAGCAGUGGCACCACCACCACCAGCGCCAGCAGCGCCAUCGGCGUUCUUUCCAACCCGUCCGCACCUGCUGUGGUCGCCUGCUCGCUCGCCCCUCUUGCCCCUCUCACCCCUCUCCCCCACGCCGCGCUGCCUGCCGCCUGCUGUGUUCCCGGGCAUGGGGAGUGUGGGUGCUGCUGACGGCAUGGACGCCAGGGGGCGUGUGGGCAGGAAGAGGCCGCUGGGUGGGCUGCCAGCCGCAUCAUGCCCCGUGGGUAGCGCCGCUGGUGCUGCUGGUGCAGUGGGUGCAGAUGGGGUGGAUACCAUGGGCAGGGUGGGCGGUAAGCGGCCCCUGGGGGACGUGUCAAGGCUGGGUGGCAUGCGGCAUGUGGGGAGUGUGGGAGGGAUGAAGGGGCUGGGUGGCAUGGGUCGCUUGGCGUGCGUGGAUGCUGUGGGUAGGGCAACAGCUGGUGCGGACAGGGUGGGGCCCAAACCAGCAGCAGCAGCAGCAGCAGCAGCAGCAGAAUCAGCAGAAGCAGCAGCCCAGCAACCGCCGCUGUUGCUGCCAACCAACCCCUCCUCGUCCCAUCAACCGCCCGCUCUCAACCCCUCCCACACCACGGCCCCCGCCAGCACCCAUCAUCCCGCCCCUGCUCCUCCAGCAGCAGUCGCAGCAGCAGCACAAGCCUCGGAGCCGCCUCUGUCGCACCGGCGGCUGCAGCAGCUGCAGGAAGCGAGGCGCGUGUGGCAGGCCAUCCUGGACAGCCCACGUGGCAUGUGUGCCGCCCUCCGGGAGUGCAUGCCGCCCGCCCUGCGCCAGGUCACUGCUGACGUCACCACGCCGCUGUUCCCGCUUCCUGCUGCUGACGCCAUCAUGCCCUGCGCUGACGUCACCAGCCCACUUGUGUUGGGCGAGAUGAGGGAGAGAGGGGAGAGUGGGGGAAUGGAGGGGGGAGGGGCUAGCGGGGAGGUGGGGAAGGGAGAUGCGGAUGGAGAGAUGCUUGCUUUGGGGGACAGUGGGGGUGGGGGUGGUGAUGUGGGGAGUGAUGGCAGUGAUGCGGGUGGCAGUGGGGGCGGCAACAGUGGUGGCGGUGGCAGUGAAGAGGCAUGCGAGCGAGAGCUGGUGGAUGGCAUGAAUCGCCUGCAGACGGGUCAGGCGGUGGAGGGCGAGGAGGGCGAGGAGGGUGGGGAGGAGGGGGAGGAGGGGGAGGAAGGGGGAGAAGAAGGGGAGGAGCGAGAGGAGGAGGUGGAGGAAGGGGAGGCGGAGGGUGUGGAGGCUGUAGGGGACUCGCAUGACCUUGAGAGGGAAAUGGGGGAUGGCGGGCAGAAUGGAGCACAGGGAGGGGGGUGUGAGGUGAAUCAGGACGGUGGUGUGGCUGGGAGGGGUGGGGAGUGCAGCACACAGGCUCGGCGAAUGGAGGUAGGGACAUGUGAGGGGGGCAGUGGUGCGGGGGCCAGUGGUGGGGGGGGAUUGCGGCAGCCAAGGAGUGAGGAGAGCAUGGCAGUGGAGCAGACAGCACAGAGGGCGGCGCAGCAGCAGUGGGUGGUGGACGAUGGGUUGACUGCGGAUGGCUUUGCGCACAAGCGAGUGAGGGUCAUGCAGGGUGGUGAGUGCAGGGCGCGAGAGCAGGGCUGUUGGGCGCACCCGGUGGGAGAAGAAAAAGGAAGCAACGAGGAAGCUGCUAGUGCCGGGGAGGAGUGCAGAGAGCAGGGGGUGCGGGUGAGCAAGGGAGGCAGCAGUAGCGGGCACAGCAAGGCGAGGCAGAGGAGGGGGUGCCGCAGCCAGCGACCCAUGACCGUUGAGAUCCACCGCCCGUUCAUGCGUGUGACUCGUGUGGCGGGGAAUGCAGGCCUGCAGGUGGAGGGGAGGAGCGUGAGCAUGCAGGAGGCUGCAGGUGGCGUGGUGCGGGAGAAUGAGCAGCAGCAGCAAGGGGAGGAAGAGGAGGCAGGGGUGCAUGGCAUGAGUGAGGAAGGAGGAGCAGACAGGGCAGGCGACCCGGCACUGCACAAGGGAAUGUCCGAGCAGCAGCACGGGGAAAAGAACGGACAGCAGCAGCCGCAGCAGCAGAGCCCCCUGCUGUAUCACUUCCACGGCUCAUCCUUGUUCACCCCCACUCAAGCACCCCUCCUCACGCCCUCCCUCACCUCCGCCUUCACCCCCUCCUUCACCCCGCCCUUCUCCCACCCCCCUCCCCUCACCUCCCCCCACUUCGCCUCCCUGCUCGGCGCAACGCCACCACCAGCCCACGGCAAUCCAACAGGCGCAAAUCCCUCAAAGGAGGGGAACAUGGAGGGAAACCAUGGCUUCGGACAUGGGCACGAGGAUGGAAGGGGGCAUGUGCAAUCGCAUGGCCAUGCGCCUGGGUCGAGAUCAGGAGUGGGGUCAGGGGCGCUGCUAGCUGCAAGCCCGCGGUUUGAGAGUGGAUGGGUGUGGGACAUGAAGCUCGAUGCUCUCUCACCAGCCGCUAUGGCUUCCCACUAG